CCGCGAAAUUCUCCACACAACGGUAAUUUUACCGCCAGAGCGCCAACGCCAACGUUGUUGAAGGACUGUACUUGGUUUUCUGGAGAAAGAAGAAUUGUGAAGAAAUUAAGAGAGGAUCAAUAACCGAGAAUGGAAACUCCUCCACAUGACACAUUGCACGUCCGACGAUCCACUCGUAGUGCCUUGGCAGAGAUACCGGCUCGCAUUGGAGCCAUGUCUUUCUCAGACAACGUCACUCCAGUAACCCGGACACACAACAUGUUCAAUGGGCAAACAAAUUUCAUGAAUAUUCCUUCCUCAUACAUCUCUCCCUCACCUUCCCCUGAUGAGCUGAUCAUCCAGCAGCGAGGGAGGCGCAAGAUGCCUGUGACCUGGUCACCCGACAUUGACUACCGUAAGCGUGAGAGUGCCCCAGCCACUCGAGAGCGGACCCCUGUCAAGUUGUCACCCAACAAGUCACAAAUUGUCUUGAGAAGUACUCCCAGAAAAAGACUUUUGUUGAACGAUCCUAAAGAGUUGUGUCUAUCGCCAGAAAAGAAAAAGACUUCAUCACCUAAUGCCAAGAAAUUACGCUUUGAGCGGACAGCAGAUCCAAACAGUCCCCUGGAAUCUGCGCUUAAAGGUCUUACUCCUGACCAGCUGAUUGGCAUUAUUCGAGGCAUUGUAACCAAGCACUCGGAACUGGAGGAGGAGAUUAAACAGAGUUUACCUGCACCAGACUUAUCACCACUUGAAGAAAGACUGAAUGAGUUAAAGCGAAAUAUCUACAAGUCACUGCCCAGCUCUAGGUUAACUUCAAAGACAGAUUCCCCUGCUUAUAGCAGGGCAGCUAUACAUGUCCUAUCUUUCAAGAAAUGUGUGCUGGAGCAGGGUAGGCAACUGGUGGAAUCACAACAGUGGGGUGCUGUACUGGAGUAUAUCCAGAUGGCCUGGAGCUAUGUGCGGGCCACGCCGUUGUGGGAUAACCCGCCACACAACGCUGCGCGCCGCCAGUGCUUCAAGUCGUUGGCUGCACAGUGCAUGAUGGCACUGAGACAGGGCUGCUUCUCACCUGAAAUCUGCGAGGAGCUCUACACCAAAAUGGAAUCAUAUACCAACGAUAGUGAAGACUUCCAGACUGUUUUAAAGGUCUUGGACACGCUCAGGAAAACGUAAUAGGUGAAGGUAAAAGACUGACACUACGAUAAAACAUCGUAAAAUUUGUAAUUGUUACCUGAUAUAGUGCCUUAGAGCAUUUAUAUUAUUUAAAGGUAUGUGUGCAUGUAUGAUUUGGUAAUUGAAUGAAUGCUUAUUCAUUUAUUCAUGCAACAUUGAUUCAAUCAGUAGGUACAAAGGUAUGAAUAUAAUGGGGAGGUAGACUGAAUAUCACUCUCUCUUUCACCUCAUCUCACCUUUAGUUGAAUGUUACUUUUUGAGUUAUGUAAAUUUGUUAAUGUGUGUAAACAGUGGUAAAGUAAGACUAGCAGACCUAUGUAAUAAAUAUAUUUUUAGGUAUUUAGACUUUAAAAAGUGUUUUAAAAGUAUAAAUUGUUUGACGUGAAUUGCUUCUACUGCAUUAAAAUUUUAUAAAGCGUUUUAAAGAAUUUCCUUAGGAAACAAUUUUACAUAUUUGUUGGUAUUUCAUGAUUUUUAGUAUUGUAUUUUUUUCUUUAGUGUUUUAAUAGUACAAUGUUUGUGCCAUGAGGGUAUGUAUUUGGUUGUUUUUUUAGACGUCAUUAAGUAAUUUACUUAUUGUGUGCAUAUUUUAAUUCAUCCACAUAACUAAUUAUGACCAAUGAAUAACCUAACAAAUGUUUUAUUCUUGUAUAUCAGAGACAAGUUAUUUUUAAAGGUAUAAAAAGUAAUAAGUAACUGUGGUAAAUUUAAUAUAAGUAACCCUGUAUUAUGAAAUUUAGAAACUGUUGAAUAACAUCUGUAAAGUUAGGUUCAAUAUUGAAAUAUUUAGCUAGCCAGUUAUUUGGAUUUCAAGUUGUUUUGCUCUGUUUUAAAUAAGUUGUUGAAAGUAUGAUUAAUUAUAGUUUAUCAUUGUAAAUAAAAUGUAAGAUUUA